AUGCUUGAAGCAAACAUUGACAAUGAUUGUAACACACAGACAUCUUUAUUAAAUAAUAGUUUUACAUUUGCAGAUCAAAUUCAAAUUCUUACAAAAGUUUUUUAUAAAUAUCAAUAUAAAAAGCCUGGUUUUAUUGAACUUAGUCCUGUUUGUUUUCAACUAAUGAUAAAAAAUGCUGAUUCUUGCUUGUGUAGGCUUUUUGAUCAAAUGG